GCAGCUCGUUGGCGGUGAAUUUGAUAUGGAAUUAAAUUUUGUCAUACAAGAUGCACAAAAUAUCAAACACAUGCUAGAAUUACUGGAUCAUUGUCCACCAAAUUUACAGGCUGAAAUAUGGAGUGUCUUUAUUGCAAUUUUACGCAAAAGUGUACGCAAUUUACAAGCCUGCACAGAUGUUGGCCUUAUCGAACAUGUCUUGGUGCGUUUACAGCGCUCCGAAACAGUUGUGGCAGAUCUUCUUAUCGAAAUGCUGGGUGUCUUAGCCAGCUACAGUAUUACCGUCAAGGAGCUGAAACUGCUGUUCGGUACCAUGAAAGCAGUAAAUGGCAAAUGGCCACGCCAUUCGGCAAAACUGUUAAAUGUUUUAAGACAAAUGCCACAUCGUAAUGGUCCUGAUGUAUUUUUUAGUUUUCCAGGACGUAAGGGUUCGGCUAUGGUAUUACCGCCAUUGGCUAAAUGGCCUUAUGAAAAUGGUUUUACAUUUACCACAUGGUUUCGUUUGGAUCCCAUUAAUUCUGUGAAUAUUGAACGCGAGAAACCCUACCUCUAUUGUUUUAAAACAUCAAAAGGUGUUGGUUAUACCGCCCAUUUUGUUGGUAAUUGCCUGGUACUGACUUCGAUGAAAGUUAAAGGCAAAGGAUUUCAACAUUGUGUAAAAUAUGAAUUCCAACCCAGAAAGUGGUAUAUGAUUGCCAUCGUGUAUAUUUACAAUCGCUGGACAAAAAGCGAAAUAAAGUGCCUAGUAAAUGGACAAUUAGCGUCCAGUACCGAAAUGGCGUGGUUUGUUUCAACAAACGAUCCAUUUGAUAAAUGCUAUAUCGGAGCAACACCCGAAUUAGAUGAAGAACGUGUCUUUUGUGGCCAAAUGUCGGCCAUAUACCUCUUUAGUGAAGCUCUAACCACCCAGCAAAUUUGUGCCAUGCAUCGUUUGGGGCCCGGUUAUAAGUCGCAAUUUCGUUUCGACAAUGAGUGCUAUUUGAACCUGCCGGACAAUCAUAAAAGGGUGAGUCAACAACAACAACACCGUCAAGUUCCCACACAACAUAGUGCAGCCGUAUUGUUAGCCGAACAGGAUGCCCAAUCCAUCGAUUGGGCUGAUGAGAAAUUAGAUUUACAGGCAGCAUUCGCUAAAAUUCGUGCCGUUUUGGCUGCACGUAAUGCCAAUGCAAAUGCUGUCUUGCAGGCAUUAACAGGUGGUGGUGCAACAGCAACUGGCGGAAGUGGUGGUAGUGCUGUGGGUAACUCAGAUACAUCGACAGAGGUCAAUGCGGCCACAGAUAAUACUGCCACAUCAGCAAACAAUGCGGGCCUUAGUGAUAGUAGCAAAAUAACUGACUCUUUGAGUCAUAUGCCCAUUGGUUCUGCUUCAUCGUCUUCAAUUGAUCGUUUAAGACGUUUGUCUUCCUCAUCUAUGUCCAGUUUGGAAUAUAUGAGAGCUUUUGGUGGUGAUACGGAAGAAAUCAAUCAAUUAAAAUCUGUAUUAUACGAUGGCAAACUAUCGAAUGCCAUUGUAUUCAUGUAUAAUCCAGUUGCAACCGAUGGCCAACUAUGUUUACAAUCAGCACCCAAAGGAAAUGUAUCAUAUUUUGUACAUACACCACAUGCACUUAUGUUACAAGAUGUUAAGGCUGUUGUUACACAUUCCAUACACUGUACAUUGAAUUCAAUUGGUGGCAUACAAGUUUUGUUUCCACUCUUCUCACAAUUGGAUAUGGCUCAUGAGGGUAUUAGCGAUAUAAAACGUGAUCCAACGUUAUGUUCCAAACUGUUAGGUUUCAUUUGUGAACUUGUUGAAACCUCACAAACCGUACAGCAGCAUAUGAUACAAAAUCGUGGUUUCUUAGUUAUAUCAUUUAUGCUGCAACGUUCGUCGCGGGAACAUCUGACGCUCGAAGUAUUGGGAUCAUUCCUAAAUCUAACCAAAUACCUGGUCACAUGUCUCUCGGCCAACAGUGAUUUAUUGCUCAAACAGCUGUUGGACCAUGUCCUGUUUAAUCCAGCCUUAUGGAUUUAUACACCGGCCAAUGUCCAGGCCCGUUUAUAUUCAUAUCUGGCCACCGAAUUUCUAAGCGAUACACAGAUCUACAGCAAUGUCCGUCGUGUCAGCACUGUCCUCCAAACGGUGCAUACAUUGAAAUAUUAUUAUUGGGUUGUGAAUCCACGUGCUAAAAGUGGUAUUGUACCAAAGGGAUUGGAUGGUCCACGUCCAGCCCAAAAAGAUAUUUUAGCUAUACGUGCAUAUAUUUUAUUGUUUCUAAAACAAUUGAUUAUGAUAGGCCAAGGUGUCAAAGAAGAUGAAUUGCAAAGCAUUUUAAAUUAUUUGACAACCAUGCAUGAGGAUGAAAAUUUACAUGAUGUUUUACAAAUGUUAAUAUCAUUGAUGUCGGAGCAUCCAAGCUCUAUGGUACCUGCUUUUGAUGUUAAACAUGGUGUUAGAACUAUAUUUAAAUUAUUGGCUGCUGAGAGUCAGCUGAUACGCUUACAAGCACUGAAAUUAUUAGGAUUCUUUUUAUCGAGAAGUACAUACAAACGAAAAUAUGACGUUAUGUCGCCACACAAUUUAUAUACAUUAUUAGCGGAACGUUUACUUCUGUACGAGGAAUCAUUGUCGAUGCCAACAUAUAAUGUGCUAUAUGAAAUUAUGACCGAACAUAUAUCACAGCAUAUUAUGUACAAUAGACAUCCGGAACCGGAGAGUCACUAUCGCUUAGAGAAUCCAAUGAUGCUCAAAGUUGUUGCCACGCUAAUACGGCAAUCGAAACAAACCGAAUCCCUUAUCGAGGUGAAGAAACUCUUCCUCUCCGAUAUGACACUGUUGUGUAAUAGCAAUCGGGAAAAUCGCCGAACAGUUCUGCAAAUGUCUGUGUGGCAGGAAUGGCUUAUUGCCAUGGCCUAUAUUCAUCCGAAAAAUACCGAAGAACAAAAAAUAUCCGAUAUGGUAUAUUCACUGUUCCGUAUGUUGCUGCAUCAUGCUAUUAAAUAUGAAUAUGGUGGUUGGAGAGUGUGGGUAGAUACUUUGGCCAUUGUCCAUUCUAAGGUGUCAUAUGAAGAAUUCAAACUGCAAUUUGCCCAAAUGUAUGAACAUUAUGAGCGCCAGAGAACAGAUCAGAUAACCGAUCCUGCAUUGAGGCAGGCCCGCCCUAUUAGCACCAUUAGUGGUUGGGAGCGAGAAGAAAUGCAACAGCAACAUGGUAGCGGUAAUGUGGUGCAUAAUGCCACAUCGGUGGCCUCUUUGGAGGAUGUACCACCCGUAGAAGAGGAAGUGGAAGAAAUGGAUAUGGAAGAGGAGUCCACACAACCCGAUGAGGAGAUUGAAGAAACUGUCGAAGAAUCCAAGUGUGCUUGUGCAAGUGAAGAAGCUGCAACCCCUGCCCCCGUGUGUGAAGAAAAGUCAACAGGGGUGGAUCAGGAAGAGGAGCAGACAAAGGAGGAGGUACCCAGCGAUUCAGCAGCUGCCAUUAAGUCAAGUAUAUCGAACAUAAGUGAUGUCUAUAAUGAACAUAUAAAAUCUGAGGUUUUGGUGGUCGCAUCUACCCAAUGUAAUGGUAAUGCCUCCUCCACCUCUACAAAUACCAGUGCAAAUAACACACCCGCCAAAACAGCCGCCACCACAACCAACACCACGGCAGCCAGUGGCCCUGAAGCCUUAAAGAAGACCCUCAACAUUGAUGACUUAGAAGAAUUGGAAUUGGAAAAUGCCAAGGCAGCAACCAGCGAGGAAGAUGCCGAAGCCCAUGUCCAAGAGGUUUUGAAAUACUCCGAAAAGGUCCUGCAAGAAUGUAAACUUGUGGCCGAUGAAAUGCAAGAGGCUUCAUCGGUUAUUAAGGAUGAGGAAAUCGAAUUGGCUGUCAAUGAAGUUGUGCAGGGUGUUUUGAACAAUGAAAAGAAACAACAAAUCAAAGAACCGUCCAUGGAAACAUCGACAAAGGCAGAAGCAGGAGAAGACGAAGAGAAAGUGAAAGAAGAGGAACAAAAUGUCGAGGACAAAGUAUCACUGCUCAAUACCAAGAAUUUGCUGAACAAUAAUGUAAGCGAAACGACGGAGGCAACAACUACCACACCAACACCAGCUACAAUUACCGAUAACAACAAUGUUAACAAUAACAAUAAUGCCCAGGCAACUGUCGAGGCCCCCGAAAAGGAAGACGACACACCUAAUACCAUAGACAAUGCCAAUAAGGACGAUGACGAAAAAGAAACUAAAAAGACUGAACAAAAAUCCGAAACUAAUCAAGAAAAUCUUUUAAAUAAUAAUGAACUAAAAACGGACAUAGAAACAAAAACAACAGCAACAACACCAACUGAGGUAGCAUCCGAACAGCAGGCCGUUGAAGAAAAGAAAGAAGGGGAAAUCGCCUCGGUAAAACCCAAUGAUUUAGCCGAAUUAGAAGUUAGCUCUUCGCUAUCCACGACCAUUACAACUGGUGAAACUUCGGAGGAGAUAUCUUCGCUUAGUCCUGAUACCACAAUUUCAAGUCCCUCUAUGAUGGAUGAUGCCCCUAUGCUGAGUAUUAAUGAAGAAACAGCCGCUGAGGAAACCAAAACUGAGGCUUCUGUCGUCAAAGAUAUUGUCGAUGAACUUAUCGACAAGGUCAUUGAGAAAUCUGUCGAAGAAGAACAGGGCGGAUAUGAGGAUACCAACAACAAUGGUGUUGAAAACAAAACGGAAACCGAAGAAUCCAUAAAUGAAACGACUCAAGAAAUCAUCAAUGAUGUGGUACAAACUGUGGUAGAUGAAACCAAUAAAACAGAAACAAAAACUUCGGAAGAAGCUACAACCUCAACCACUCCCACACCUGAUAUACCCGAAAAAGAAAACGUUGAAGCCAUUGUUCAAACUGUCGUCGAUGAUUUGGUCGAACAAACUGUCACCAGCAUUGUUGACAAUGCCACCAAUGAAGCUGAAACGGAAAUUAUUGAAGAAAUUUCGGAACAAGUUGCAGAAUUACAUUUGGAAGAUAUCUCUCUAGUAGAACAGACUGAGGAAGAAACUCAAACAUCAGCAGCUGAAGAUUUAGAAGCUACAGUGACAUCACAGCAAUUAUUGCAGGAGAAGUUGGACGAUGUACGCAUCGAAGACGAUGAAUAUAUUGAAGAUGAAGACGGUGGCGUCAGUCAACAUGAACAGCAGACACAAACUCAACAAACGGAGGAUGUGGUCAGCGAUACUGUUGAAGAUGCUCAGGAAAGUCAUCAUCAGCAAAGUGCCGGUACUCAAGUUGAAAAUCAACAUUUCGACAAUGCCAAACAACAACAACAGCAGCAACAACAACAACAACCGACAACACAUCCUCAACAACAACAACAACAGCAGCAGCAACAAUCCCAGCAACAGCAACAACGUUCCAAAUCCGGCUCAACUCGUCCCAUGUUUAGUCCCGGUCCAACACGACCACCCUUCCGCAUACCCGAAUUCAAAUGGUCCUACAUACAUCAACGUUUACUAUCGGAUGUUCUGUUCUCAUUGGAAACGGAUAUUCAAGUCUGGCGUUCACAUUCCACCAAAAGUGUUCUGGAUUUCGUCAAUUCCAGUGAGAAUGCCAUAUUCGUUGUGAACACCGUCCAUUUGAUAUCACAAUUGGCAGAUAAUUUGAUAAUUGCCUGCGGCGGUCUGCUGCCAUUGUUGGCCUCGGCCACAUCGCCCAAUUCUGAACUUGAUGUCCUGGAACCCACCCAAGGUAUGCCACUGGAGGUGGCUGUAUCAUUUCUACAGCGACUUGUCAACAUGGCUGACGUGUUAAUUUUUGCAACAUCAUUAAAUUUCGGUGAAUUGGAAGCGGAGAAGAAUAUGUCCAGCGGUGGUAUAUUGCGACAAUGUUUGCGUCUCGUCUGUACGUGUGCGGUGCGAAAUUGUUUGGAAUGCAAGGAGCGUACACGGUACAAUGUUGGUGCAAUGGCACGAGAUGUGCCCGGGGCAGCUCAUUUGCAAGCGCUGAUACGUGGUGCACAGGCUUCGCCUAAGAACAUUGUCGAGUCAAUAACAGGUCAAUUAUCUCCUGUUAAGGAUCCUGAGAAAUUGCUACAAGACAUGGAUGUAAAUCGUUUAAGAGCUGUUAUCUAUCGAGAUGUGGAGGAAACAAAACAAGCACAAUUUCUAUCAUUGGCCAUUGUGUAUUUUAUUUCCGUGUUGAUGGUAUCCAAAUAUCGUGAUAUUUUGGAGCCACCAGCAGAACCACAAAUUCAACGGCAAUCGCCCAUAAUGCAGAGAUCAGCUGGCGGUAAGUACACCUCAGGUCGUCCCCUCUUUCCACAAUGGUCACAUCAUGUAUAUCCACAAUUUUUACCCGGUACACAUCAUAAUCAUGUAACGGCAGGCAAUAUGCAACAGCAAACAAAUAUGCAACAGCAACAACAUGUUCAGCAACAUCAUCAUCACCAACAACAACAGCAGCAACAACAAUUAUAUUAUCAUCAACAAAUGCCUUCACCGCCACCGCAUCAACAUCAGCAACAGCAGCAGUCAAUGCAACAAACAUCUCAUUUACAACAUCAACAUCAUCACUUGGCACAUCAACAGCAGCAGCAACAACAACAACACCAAUACUAUCAUCAUCAGCAGGCAAUGAAUAAUGCAGCAGUGGCAGCAGCAGCUAGUUAUGCUACCCAUUGUCCUUCACCGCCUUUGGCUAACCAAUCGACAAGUCCUUCAACAUCUUCAACAACCAACACCUCACAACCAGCCUCAACAUCUUCACUUUCAAGUUUGGCCUCACAGCCACAUCAUCAGCAGCAACAGCAACAACAUGGACGUCAUGGACAGAAACACCAACAUUACCAGCCGCAACAACAGCAACACAUGACAGCAGCCGCUGCUGGAGCCAAUGGAGGCCACUACAGCAUGAUGAAUGGCAGUCAAGUGUUAAAUGGAAAAAUAUCGACGCCACAACAGCAACAACAAUACACAAAUGCUGGUGGUAUUGUUGAUAUGAAUGGGGCCGGCUAUCAUCAUCAGCAUGGCCAUAUAACAGGAGCAGGCCAGCAACAACAAUAUAUGCGUACACCUUCAACAUCUUCCUCAGCCAUGAUGAUGACGAAUGGUCUAAAUGGUAUGACCUCAGCUCACCAGAAUGGUAUUGUCGAUUAUCAUGCCCAGCAUGGUGGAGCUGGUGUUGUUGGCGGCGGUGGUGGAGGUGGUAUGAUGUUAAAUGGCGGUGUUAUUGGCAAUCAAAUUGCAAAUGGCAAUAAUCCCGGGCUAAUGCAUACUAAUAGCAAUGGUGGCAACCCGACUGGCAGCAAUCACAAUUCUAUGACCGCUUCGGCCAUGAAUAAUGGUCGUAAUAUGCGUAAUGGUGUUGGUGGUCAUGUUUUGGGUACAGCUGUCGGUGGCGGUAUUGGCAUGCAUGGCGGCCUAACAACAGGUCCAGUGGCAUCGGGGGCCAAUGUCAUGGCGGCAUCCUCUGCAUAUAAACAAAAUAAUGGUAUAAAUAAUAAUUAUCGUUAUAAUGGACGUACAACAACUGGAACAGGUGGACGCACCAUACAAGAUGGUGAUUAUGAAAUAAUUGUUGUCGAUGAAAAUAAUCCCUCAGUGUUGGCCGAUAAUGAUUCGCAUUCCAGUGGACCUCCAUCAAUUAAGAGUCCUAAAAUGCCAAUGAAAUCCCAAACGACAACAACCGCGACUACACCGACGACGACAUUGACAAAAACCUCCACAGUGACCACAACACCAACGAAGACAACAACACCGACAAUGGUGGCCACCGGUGCCGCCCUGGUCAAAACAAUGACAACAACAAUUAAUUCGGUAUUAUUGAAUAAUAGUAUAACAACAAAGACGACAAAUAAAUUACAACAACAACCAUUAUCGCCUCCUAAACCAGUGGUGCCACAAAAAUUACCCAAGAGUGAUUCCGAAUGCAAUUCCCUGAAUAUGAACUCAACCGAAAAUGAAGUUCCUGAAGUGGAAUCGUCAAGUGAAAUAAUGGUCGACGAUAACAAGCCCAUAAAUUCCAAUGAUGAAAGUUGGACAGAUGUCAAUUUGAAUGAAGACGCCAGUGUACAGGCCACGGCCACGGGUAUUAUAAUGCCCGGCGCAUCCGGUGUCGAUGGUAAAAUGCGUGGCGAUGACAGCGGCAUGCAUUCGCUGCACGCCGGCCACAUGCAACACUCUCAGCAUGGCAGUGAACGUGGUGACAAACCGGAUUCGGAAAUAUCCGUGGUACGUGUACCCGAUGGCUAUGCCAAUUCCGGCAAUUCGUCUGGCAACUCCGGUAAUGCGGGUGUUCAGCGUGGCUCCCGGCCCGAUGAUCUGCCCAUGAAACCUCCACUUGUGGGUCAGCUGCCCAUGACCACUCCCUCUCGCGAGGCCAGUUUAACACAGAAACUCGAAGUGGCCCUGGGUCCCGUUUGCCCCUUGCUGCGAGAAAUCAUGGUGGACUUUGCCCACUAUUUGUCGAAGACAUUGGUCGGCUCCCACGGCCAAGAAUUGCUGAUGGAGGGCAAAGGCCUUACCACUUUCAAGAACUCCCACUCGGUGGUGGAAUUGGUAAUGUUGCUUUGCUCCCAGGAAUGGCAGAAUAGUUUGCAAAAACAUGCCGGCCUCGCCUUUAUCGAACUGAUCAAUGAGGGCCGCCUGCUUUCGCAUGCCAUGAAGGAUCACAUUGUACGUGUAGCCAAUGAGGCCGAGUUCAUAUUGAAUCGUAUGCGUGCCGAUGAUGUUCUCAAACAUGCCGAUUUCGAGUCACAAUGUGCCCAGACCCUGUUGGAACGUCGCGAAGAGGAGCGUAUGUGUGAUCAUUUGAUCACGGCGGCAAGGCGUCGUGACAAUGUCAUUGCUAGCCGCCUGUUGGAGAAGGUCCGCAACAUAAUGUGCAAUCGUCAUGGAGCCUGGGGUGAUUCCAGCGGCUCGGUACAGAAACAAACCUAUUGGAAACUGGAUGCCUGGGAAGAUGAUGCCCGCCGGCGCAAACGCAUGGUCCAAAAUCCCCGUGGCUCAUCACAUCCUCAGGCCACGCUCAAAGCUGCCUUAGAAAAUGGUGGUCCCGAAGAUGCCAUCCUCCAGACCCGUGAUGAAUUCCACACACAAAUUGCUGUCAGUCGUGCCCAUCAAGCUACCCAACACACUGCCGAUUUACUCGACGAUGCCGAGCUGUUGAUCGAAGAUCGCGAAUUGGACCUGGAUCUGACUGGACCUGUAAAUAUUAGUACGAAAGCUAAGCUGAUUGCUCCUGGUUUGGUGGCACCCGGCACUGUGUCCAUUACCAGCACCGAGAUGUUCUUCGAAGUCGAUGAAGAUCAUCCUGAUUUCCAGAAGAUCGAACCCGAGGUACUGAAAUAUUGUGAUCACCUACAUGGCAAAUGGUAUUUCUCCGAGGUGAGAGCGAUCUUCUCGCGUCGCUACUUAUUGCAAAAUGUUGCCUUGGAAAUCUUUUUGGCCUCCCGCACCUCCAUACUGUUCGCCUUCCCCGACCAACACACCGUGAAGAAGGUCAUCAAGGCCCUGCCACGAGUUGGUGUGGGCAUCAAGUAUGGCAUACCGCAGACCAGACGAGCUUCGAUGAUGUCGCCACGUCAGUUGAUGCGUAACUCGAACAUGACUCAGAAAUGGCAGCGUCGUGAAAUCUCCAACUUCGAGUAUCUAAUGUUCCUCAAUACCAUAGCAGGUCGCACAUACAACGAUUUAAACCAAUACCCCAUAUUCCCCUGGGUCCUGACCAACUACGAAACCAAAGAUCUGGAUUUAAGUCUGCCCUCGAACUACCGGGAUCUCUCGAAGCCGAUUGGCGCCCUCAAUCCCUCACGCCGAGCCUACUUCGAGGAGCGUUACGAGUCGUGGGAAAGUGAUACAAUACCUCCAUUCCAUUACGGUACACAUUAUUCCACCGCUAGCUUUACUCUCAACUGGUUGGUGAGAGUAGAACCGUUCACCACAAUGUUCCUGGCCUUGCAGGGAGGCAAAUUCGAUUAUCCCGAUCGUUUGUUCUCCUCGGUGAAUUUGUCAUGGAAGAAUUGCCAACGGGAUACCUCGGAUGUAAAGGAGCUAAUACCCGAAUGGUAUUUCCUGCCGGAAAUGUUCUACAACUCGUCUGGCUAUCGACUGGGUCAUCGCGAAGACGGAGCCUUGGUAAAUGAUGUAGAGCUGCCGCCAUGGGCCAAGACACCCGAAGAGUUUGUGCGCAUCAACCGCAUGGCUUUAGAAUCGGAAUUCGUCUCGUGCCAACUGCAUCAAUGGAUUGAUUUGAUAUUUGGCUACAAGCAACGUGGUCCCGAGGCAGUCCGAGCCACCAAUGUAUUCUAUUAUUUGACCUAUGAGGGUAGUGUCGAUCUGGAUGCCAUUGCCGAUCCGGUUAUGCGUGAAGCGGUCGAGAAUCAGAUACGCAAUUUUGGUCAGACACCAAGUCAACUGUUGAUGGAGCCACAUCCACCACGCAGUUCUGCCAUGCAUCUGUCACCGAUGAUGUUUAGUGCCAUGCCCGAUGAUUUGUGUCAAAUAUUGAAAUUCUAUCAGAAUUCCCCCAUUAUUCACAUCUCGGCCAAUACGUAUCCACAGUUGUCGUUGCCAUCGGUGGUGACAGUGACGGCAGGACAUCAAUUUGCGGUGAAUCGUUGGAAUUGUAAUUAUACAGCGUCCGUCCAAAGUCCCAGCUAUGCGGAUUCAAAUCAACAGCAGGGUGCCGUUAAGCCAUUGGCCAUCGAUCCAGUUUUAACAGCUGCUCAAAAUACCACCCACAACAAUCCCAUGAAUCGUCGACAUUUGGGUGAUAAUUUCAGUCAAAUGUUAAAGAUUCGUUCCAAUUGUUUUGUGGUCACAGUGGAUAGUCGUUUCCUUAUUGCCUGCGGCUUUUGGGAUAAUAGUUUCCGGGUAUUCAAUACUGAAUCGGCUAAAAUUGUACAAAUCGUCUUUGGCCAUUUCGGUGUGGUCACCUGUCUGGCCCGUUCCGAAUGCAACAUCACCUCGGAUUGUUAUAUUGCAUCGGGUUCGGCAGAUUGUACAGUACUUCUAUGGCAUUGGAAUGCCCGCACACAAAGCAUUGUCGGUGAGGGUGAUGUACCAACACCACGUGCCACUCUGACGGGCCACGAACAGGCUGUAACAUCGGUUGUGAUUAGUGCUGAACUGGGUUUGGUUGUAUCCGGAUCAACAAAUGGUCCCGUUCUUAUCCACACCACCUUUGGCGAUCUGUUACGUUCUCUGGACGCUCCCAUGGAUUUCCAUUCGCCGGAAUUAAUAGCCAUGUCCCGCGAAGGUUUCAUUGUCGUCAACUAUGACAAGGGCAAUGUGGCCGCCUAUACCAUCAACGGCAAAGAACUUAGACAUGAAACACACAAUGAUAAUUUACAGUGCAUGCUGUUAUCACGUGACGGUGAAUAUUUAAUGACAGCCGGCGAUCGUGGUAUUGUUGAAGUGUGGCGCACCUUCAACUUGGCACCACUGUAUGCCUUCCCCGCCUGCAAUGCGGGAAUUCGAUCUUUGGCACUGACACAUGAUCAAAAAUACUUAUUGGCUGGUCUCUCAACUGGUUCCAUUGUUGUAUUCCACAUCGAUUUCAAUCGUUGGCAUCAUGAGUAUCAACAACGUUACUAAAUCUGUGAAUGCGGCCCCCACCUACAUACU